AUGGCGGGGAUGGUGCUGGCACGGGCCUGGAAGCAGAUGUCCUGGUUUUACUAUCAGUACCUGCUGGUCACAGUGCUUUACGUGCUGGAGCCCUGGGAGCGGACUGUGUUCAAUUCCAUGCUGGUUUCAAUUAUGGGGAUGGCACUGUACACCGGAUACGUCUUCAUGUCCCAGCACAUCAUGGCAGUUUUACACUACUUUGAAAUUAUACAGUGA